CCCACCCUCUACCGGCCCUGACGUCACGGGUCCGGGUUCGAGACCAGCCGCCGUUUUGCCCAUCGCCAGGGUCGAGAGCGCCGGGAGGACCGGCAGAGGAGGAGGACCAGGAGCCUUAAGUUUCACGGACGCCCAUCACACCUGGCGUCCAUUUCACACGUCCCCGAGGCUGGCUCAUGGAAGUUCUGAAGGUGCAGGCCCACCUGGAGAACCCCACCAAGUACCACAUCCAGCAGGCGAGGCAGUACCUGUCCACCACCCUGGGUGGCAAAGCCGGCAGCCAGUGCCCCAGCCAGCCCCCCGAGCACGGCAUGCCGCUCGGCCACGGCAGCAGCGCCCCCAACAGUCCCAUGGCCCUGCUCACCCUCAGCUCCAACUGUGAGAAAGAGAUGGAUGAUGUCAUUGAUGAUAUUAUUAGCUUGGAGACGAGUUACAACGAAGAUGUUCUUGGACUUAUGGACCCAGGACUGCAUAUGAACAACGAGCUCCCUGUGUCUGGAAACCUUCUCGAUGUCUACGGCGACCAAGGACUUCCACUCCCGGGCCUCGCUAUCAGCAACUCCUGUCCAUCCAGCAUUAAGAGAGAAUACAGAGCUCCUGGCAUGAAGCAAGUAUUAGAAAAGCCUGAUGCCUGUAGCCUGUAUGAAAACUAUCAAAGGCAAGAGGGAUUUCCAGUAGAGGCUGAAGUCCGCGCUCUUGCUAAAGAGAGGCAGAAAAAAGACAACCACAACUUGAUUGAACGAAGGCGGAGAUUCAACAUCAACGAUCGCAUCAAAGAACUGGGAACCUUGAUACCCAAGUCAAACGAUCCAGACAUGCGCUGGAAUAAGGGCACCAUUCUCAAAGCCUCCGUGGACUACAUCAGGAGGCUACAGCGGGACCAGCAGAGAGCCAAGGAGCUGGAGGCCAGGCAGAGGAAGGUGGAGCAUGCAAACCGCCAUCUGAUGCUUCGUAUACAGGAGCUGGAAAUCCAAGCCCGUGCCCACGGUCUUACAGUGGUUGCUUCCUCGUCCGUCUGCACAUCGGACUUGAUAGGCCGAGCCAUUAAACAGGAGCCCGUCCUCGGCGACUGCCCCACGGAUCUCGACCAACAUGUCUUGGGUCCCGACAUGUCCCCUCCGACCACGCUGGACCUCAACAACGGCACCAUCACCUUCGACCAGAGGCCUGCAGACGGCGGGGACUCUGGUCCCUAUGGGACCUCCAGGAGCUGUAACAUGAAGGAUUUGGUAAGGGACAGCCUGUCGCCGAUGUCCCCGAGUGAUCCCCUGCUGUCCUCGAUGUCCCCGGAGGGCUCCAACGCCAGCAGCAUCCACAGUUCCAGCUCGAGUAUGGAGGAGAAGGAGCACGGCUGUUAGCUCACUGACUCCUUCUCUGUGUCGCAUCCCAUCAAUGAGGCACUACCCUUAAAGUGACUUAAAGAUCUCCACAUGACCUUCAUUAUAAACUCUAUUUUUUAUCUUGAAUCCAUAUUUUUCUCUUACUCUUUGCCAAUUCGUUGCUGAACUCUAAUGUUCAAAAUACUGUAUGUAAAUGUACCUGAGGUAUUUUUGUUCCUCGAUUGUACACUGUAUUUUACUUUGCUAUAUAUCGAUGCUGUGUAGAUGGUUAUAUUAGACAAAUAUAUAUAUACGUAUAUAUAUAUAUGCAUGUGUAUGUAUAUACAUAUAUAUAACUUAAUGACUUGUUUAUUUUUGUCGAUGGUUUUCAUAUUUGUCCCAAAAUAUGCUUUGAAUUGAAAUUUCCAUUGAGAUAACACACAGAUGUUGCAAAUGUAUUGGUAGUUAAAAACAACAUUUUUAUAAUAACAAAGAGAUCAAAUACUUUCAAAAUAUUUUUUUUUAGAAUUUCUGUCCAUGUAACAGUGAAAACUUCAGUUGGUUCCAUUGCAAUAAAAUGCACAAAAAACAAAAAGUUAUUUAAAUAUUUAAGAAUCAAGGAGCAAAUAUUAUUGCAUAUUAGGAAUGGUUUCUAAACAUAUUUAUAUGUAUAAUAAUGUGUUCACCCCAUGCUUUUAAACAUAUUCUGAAGAAAUCAAAUCAAAACAGAAAUGGAAUUGAUGUUAUUAUUAGGUAUUAUAAUAUUAUCAUAUUUUUUUAUUUAAUGAGAGCUGAUUUAGUUUAGUUUUGUUAUUUUAAUUACUAAAUUAAUUAUCGCAAACACAUUAUUUAUCUAUUCCUAUUCUAACGUGAUUGUUGUGCACAUUUUGAAUACUGAAGGCAAAUGACUAGUCUGUGUUAAUAUUGGGUAAAUAUAGGGUACAAUUACCUCAUGUUGAUAAUGUACCACAGUAUUUUUUUAACGGUGGAUGCAAAAAGAAAUAAAAGAAAAGGUCCACUAAUAUAACACCUGGAUAAUUUUGUUGGUUUACCAUUUCAGAGGUUUUUGCUCAUGUGUUAUCGCUUGCCAAUAUUGUUAAUAAAUAAAACAAGAUGCCCAUAUGUUGUAUAUAGUGCCAACCUUUUAUUUCGGGGGUCUUGUGUGUGGUAUAAAUGCAUUGAUCUAUUUGCCCGUUGAUAUUUAAUUCACAUUUCUGUGCAGAUCGCAGUGUAUAAGAGUGUCAAACUAUUUUAAACAGUUGUCUUGGUUACUUUGCUGUCAUGUAUUUAACCUCCACUUUUAAAUAUUGAAAAUAAAAUGUAUUCUUGAAAAUAUAAA